GUUACCUUUUCCAAACAGUGAAGAUUCAGUACAAUUUCCAGAGCCAUUUGCAUUUUGCAGGCUAUAAAUUCUCCUCCCCUCAUCCCCACACUUUCGAUUCCUUUCUUUCUACCAAACACACACAGUACACGCACUGACGAUUUCCCCGCCAUUGUUGAACUGUAAUUUGUUCUUGAAUAGGUGUUGUAGCUUGUAGAGAUAAUGCAGGCGGGUCCAGUAGUCUCGCUCUCCCCCAGUUUCAACAGCUAUUCCAACAGUAAACUCGCCGAAAUUGCUGCCCGGGUCGCCGGGGAAUUCGAUCCCGAUGAGCUCUACGGUGAGUUUUGCUUCGAGAGGCGACGGAAUUCAGCAGCCCAACGAGGUGAAGGAGGGGGGAUUUCGGAAAACCGAGUGGCAGAAGGAGAGGAAGGCGAAGACGAGGAGGAAUUUGAGUUCGCGUUCGUGACGAGGGAAUCGGAACUGUUGUCUCCGAUUUCGGCUGAUGAAAUCUUCCAUGACGGUAAGAUCCGACCCGUUUACCCGGUUUUCAAUAGAGAUGUGUUGCUCCGGCGUGUGGAAUUUAGGAAUGAGAAUGAAAAGGAGAAUGGCGUCCGGGAUUCGGUUUCUUCCAAGGGUCCCCGGGUUCGGCUUCCGUUGAGGAAGCUGUUCAUUGAGGAAAGGGAAACGACGGUGACGACGUCGUCGAGCUCGUCGUCGUCGGAGGCCGACGAGCUGGACAGCGUGGCGGCUGAAACGUACUGCGUGUGGCGGCCCAAGGAGGCGGCAGCCUUGACGGAGGCUGAGGAGGAGGAAGAAGAUGGGCGGUGCAAGAAGAGCGGCUCCACUGGCUCUAGUUCUAAGCGAUGGAAGUUGAGAGACCUUCUGCACAGGAGCCACAGCGAUGGAACCAAGGACAACUUUGUUACUUUAUCUCACAGCAGCAGCGGGAGAAAGAAGGAAAACGAAACGGGAGGUAAAGAAACGCCGGCGAGUGGCGGGAAAGUGAAACCGGCGGCGCCUCCUCCUCCUCACAAUCGGGACGGCGGUGAGAAACAGCGGUCGUACUUGCCGUACAGACAGGACAUAGUGGGGAUUUUUGGUAAUGUAAAUGGGUUGAGUAAAAAUUUAAAACCCUUCUGAGAAUUUUGCCAUGUUUUUUUUUAUUUCUUUUUUAAUGAGUUCUUUUUUUUUUAAUGUUAAUGUAUAUGUUUAAAGAUUUUUAUUUGUAUGGUUUUUUUGAUAAAUAUCUGUUACGCAGAAAUGGUUUCAUAUUUCGUAAUUUUAUACAUAAUUUUUUUAUUUGGAAAAGGAAUAUUUUGCAAAAACUCAAUUUUUACUGUGGCUUAAAGGUUAAGGUCGAAUGUUAAGCAUCCAUGAUAUGAAGCUUGAAUAUUUGUCAAGAUAUUUGGUGAGACUAAACGUGCGUCUUGACCUGUGCAUAGAUUCCAGCAUACCUAAACAACUAUGACCAACACAUAUGAUGCAUGCACAAUCUUUUAUGAUGGGUUUAUCGGUUGUCAUCCUUACUUAUCUAUUUAUAU